CGGGGGCGCGCGGGCCGUCAGAGGAAAAGGUUUAGAGAGACAUGGAGCUUGAAAGGAUCAUUCGAGGCACGCUGACACACUUCAUCCAGUCCAACAUCCCUGCAGCAGACCUCAGUGGGAUGGAUGAUGUUUUCUUCUCCUAUAUCACGGGUGUCCUAGAAGAGCUGGGCUCACCAGAGUCCUCUGAGGAGACUUUUGACAUGGACACUUUUGUGGAAAUGAUGGAGGCGUAUAUCCCUGGCUUUGCAGAAAUCCACAGUGGGGAUGUUUGUGAAAUGAUGUUCUCUCUCUCAGAGAGGCUUGGUGAAGCUCGCAACAAAGAAAAACCUGGCCAAAAGGCUGUGAAAAAUGGAAGUGAAGCACCCUCUGAAGACCUGACCAAGGGCCAGGAGCCUGGAGCUGGAGCCUGCAACGGGGAAGGGCAGUGCACUCUAACAGACGGAGCCGAGGUCCAGGAAGGCAAUAACUUGAAGGAUGGUGUGGAGCUGCUGCUGGAGAUGUUCCCGGCUUGUACCGUGAGCCAGGCAGAGAAGGCGAUUGCCAUGGCCUUGGGGAACUUGGAGGAGGCAGUGCAGUUAAUUGUGGAGGAGAAAGUAGAAAUUGGCCCGGCAGGUGCGAGUGUGAAGGAACUGGCACGGCCUCGGAGAGUGCCCAACCAUGAGGAACUCAAACAGGUUAUCCUACAGAAAUAUAUGAUGGUGGAUAGUGCAGAAGAUCAGAAAACCCACCGACCAGCUCCACCCAAAGAGGCUCCCAAGAAGUUGAUCCGCUAUAUCGAUAACCAGGUGGUGAGUACAAAGGGAGAAAGGUACAAAGACAUCAAGAAGCCUGAGAGCGAGGAGAUGAAAAGAACCUACAUUAGCCUCAAACCAGCCAGGAAGUAUAAGUUCCACUGACAGCCAGGUCCUCCUGUUCUUCAGCCUCCACCUCGCCAGCCAGGUUUGGCAGGCUGGACACACAGCACUAGGGAUGGGGGUCUCCUCCACCUGCCACUAACUGGAACUAACCCGGGAGCCAGGACACUACUUUCAGCUUCCUCAACUAACCCAGCUGAGGGGAGACUUCUCCUUGUGUAGCUGUCCCUCUGCCCCCAGGGGCACACUGCAGUGGUUCUCCAGGGCCUGGGCAUUCUCUGCUAUUCCUUGCAUGGGACAUUUUUAGAUCUAAGAUGUGGCUUGUGCUUUUGCAGCAACCUUUUUACAAGUCUGCACUGUUGCUUUAAAAUGAGUGCCAGUAUUAAUAAAGAUGUGAGUUGGCGUGUAGUUCAGCUAGAGCAUGCGUAUGCUUUGUGGACACCACCUCCAAUCCCUCCUGGGGCCAAAGGUAAGA